AUGCUUCUCCCCAAGGGCGGAGUGAACUGGAAGGCUGCCAAAGCUCGAUUGCCACCCUCACGAGCUGUCUGGCACUUCAUAACCCGCACACGCUUUCUUCUCUUCGUCGCCGUUGCCGGCAUCAUAGUAUUAAUAUGGAGGGGUUUAAGCGACACUGCAGGCGAGAUGCAAAGAUUCGUCUGUUGGGGCCCCUCGAAGUCCCCUAUGGAUAUGUCGGCCAACGAACGCGAGAAAUGGAUGGCCCACCUCACCACACCCGUCAUAUUCAACCACCACACGCCUAUCGAGGUCAAUUCCACCACAAUAGAGCGCAUCGACCUCAAUCCUGUCAAGUCUUCUCCUAAGGCUCUCCAGAACGAGGAGCGUGUCCUCAUCCUGACACCGCUUCGCGAUGCUGCUUACUACAUCAACCAACACUUUGACCUCCUGUCGCAGCUUACCUAUCCGCAUCACCUCAUCGAUCUCGCCUUCCUUGUUUCUGACACUAGCGAUGAUACAUUGGCAGUGCUGGCCAAGGAGCUCGAGCGUGUACAGAAGAAUGAGAAUGUUGCUUUCCGUAGCACCAUGAUUGUGGAGAAGGAUUUCGGCGUCGAGACCAGCCAGGAUGUUGAGUACAGGCAUAGCUUCGAAGCGCAGGGGCCUCGCCGCAAGGUUAUGGGCCGCGCCAGAAACUACUUGCUCUCCGCCGCUUUGAAGCCGGAGCACUCGUGGGUGUAUUGGCGCGAUGUGGACAUUGUCGACAGCCCGAAAAAGAUCAUUGAAGACUUCGUCGCCCACGACAGGGACAUUCUGGUCCCCAACAUCUGGUUCCACCGCUACCAGGAGAGAGACGGCAAGAUGGUCGAUAUCGAAGGCAGAUUCGAUUAUAAUUCGUGGGUCGAGUCGGACAAGGGCAGAAAGCUUGCGGCUUCCUUGGAUAAGGAUGUUGUCUUGGCUGAAGGUUACAAGGAGUACAAGACCGAGCGUACCUACAUGGCCACAAUGGGUGACUGGCGCGAGAACAAGGAUGAAGAAAUUGAGCUCGAUGGAAUCGGUGGCGUCAACAUCAUGGUUAAGGCGGAUGUCCAUCGCUCAGGUAUCAACUUCCCUUGCUACGCUUUCGAAAAUCAGGCCGAGACGGAAGGAUUCGCGAAGAUGGCCAAGCGUGCCGGUUACAAGGUCUACGGUCUUCCAAACUACGUCGUCUGGCACAUUGACACCGAGGAAAAGCCCGGGAACGCGUAG